UGUAUUUGAACCAGCCUUUAGCGGGUUUAACCUAUAACGGGACAUGCUGUAAAUGUCACGUUUUCGACGCACUGAAAUGCGCGUCCACGUCAUUUUCGCAGCUCUGUUUUGGUCUGGUGUUGUGGACUCGCGGAAGGUUAGAGGGAUAUCUUCAUCUUACAAAAGGUUCUACAGGGAGAGGAAGUCGUUUUUGUGUAUUGAUGGGUCGAAAAUGAUCCCCUUUGAGCAGGUGAACGACGACUACUGCGACUGCGCAGACGGCUCUGAUGAACCAGGCACCUCAGCGUGUCCCCGUGGACGCUUCUACUGCACCAAUUUGGGUUUUCGUCCGCACUACAUCCCAUCAUCACGAGUCAACGAUGGCAUCUGUGAUUGCUGCGAUGCCUCAGAUGAAUACAACAGCCACGCUCGCUGCCAGAACACUUGCUGGAAUCUGGGGCAGAGAGAGAGAGCGUACGUGGAGGGCCAGAUGAGGACCUUGGACGAGGGUCUGCGACUCAAGCAGCAGCUGAUAGAGGAGGGGGUGCUGCUCUGGAGGGAGAAACAGGCCCAGCUCAGGGAGCUUCAGCAAGCUGCUGAAGACCUACAGAUCAAAUUAGAGGAACAGAGGAGGAGGAAACACGAGGCCGACCUACUCAAAGAGAAAACAUUAAAGGCACCGGAAGCGGGGGACACCGGUCUCACACAUAAGAAUAGAACAGCAACCAGCCUUUUCCAGUUACUUGACAGCAAUAAAGAUGGAAGCAUAUCGGUGGAUGAAGUCAAGGCUAAAGUGGUGCUUGUUCACGACGAGAGGCGGGUUCUCUCUGAGGAUGAAGCACUGCUAAACCACGAGGUGGCCACUUGUUUUCCAUCUCAUCCAGCGUCCCUGGCAACACAGUCCACUGGGAGGAGACCCAGGGGAAGACACUGGGACACGCUGGAGGGAUUAUCUCUCUCUCGGCUGGCCAGGGAAGGCCUUGGGAUGCCCCCGGAUGAGCUGGACCAGGGACUUCCCUAA